CGAUAGACACAACCAAUCCAAAUAUAUAAAACAUAGCAUAGUCACUUAUUGAAUAGUACAAAUCACAAAUAAUGGAAAACGAAAAUAAGAAAUCUUUAUUGGAAAAAUAUAAUAUACCAUUACACUAUCUUGAUUUUGCUCAUGUAGAAAAAUGUACAAAUGCACGCGAAAUGGAGAAAAUUGUGCAAAUCCUGCGCUCUGGUCAGGAAGGAUAUUAUCCUGACUUGUUACGAUGUUCGGAGGAUAAACUAAAGGAACUGAAGCCGGAUAGUAAAUUAUUUCGCUACGAGGAGCAAAUCAGGAAUAGCGAUUCCUUAGGCAAACAUGAAUUAAAACCCAUUCUGGAUUGGACUGAAUCCAUUAAAACAAAGGAUAAUGCACUCAAAGAACUGAAGAAAGAGAAACAGAAUUUAGAUAUACCUUCUGUACGCAAGCUUUCUAAAAUUGAUUUGGAAAAACAGACCAUUGAGAAAUCGAAGCCAUCAGCAAAAGAAUCACCUCAGCCCAAGGCGAACAAGGAGGACCGGAUUAAAUCAACGGACUACAAAAAAUGGGAUAAGUAUGAUCCCGAUGAGGAGAUACUGCGUAUGGAUCUUGAAGAAGAACGUAACAAGGAGCAGGUUGAGCAGACUGCUUUCAGUUAUCAGAAACCAGCCACCAAGGAUGAGUUAAAAAGCGAAAAGGAUUCCCUUUAUGAACGCCUCCAAAUGCAGUUAAAGAGCCUAAGCCAACUAGAGCGAGAACAAUUUGCAGAAAGACAUCGACUUCGAGGAAAUGAGUACUUUAAAUCUAAGGAAUAUGAGAGUGCCAUCGAAGAGUACAACUGCGCCAUAAUAUACGAUCCCGAAAACGCCGUCCAUGCUUACAACAAUCGUGCACUAUCUCAUAUUAAAACAAAGAAGUACUUCUCAGCCAUAUCGGACUGCCAAGCCUGCCUGCAGCUGGAUCCGCAGAAUGUUAAGGCUCAUCUCCGUAUGGCAGAGGCACACAAUGCUGAUGGAAGACAACUUGAGUCUCUAGCUAUGUACAAGAAAGUUUUGGACUUGGAGCCAGAUAAUGUUAUUGCCAAGAAGUCUGUGGAGAAGCUAACUUCAUUUCUGGGUGAGGUUGCUCCGGACAAUGCUACACGUUUGAUAAUUGAGGAGAUCGAUCCGCCGGAACUGAAGACAUGCGAUCCCAAGAAGAAGCUAGAGAAGAGCGGAACAUCGGUGACUAAGAAACCUCAAGCACCACUAGCAAAAACAGCAGCACCACCACCUAAAGAUUACGAUCUAGCUGAAUUGGUCAAACCGAAUCGCACGGUUAAAAGUAAAUUGAUCUCGGCCGCCGAGGCUUUGGGGAAUAAGUUCAACGCAAAGGGCGGUGCUCCCAUGAAACCACCUCUUCCUUCCUCUCCAAAAGAGGAUAUGCUGCGUUUGCCACACAAUAAUCUCAAUGCAAGCAAUAAGCUGCUCAUCCAAGAGAUUUAGGAGUACUUCUUAACUACUGCAGAGUUAUGAUACAUUUAUUAUUAUUUUAAGCCAAUAAAUUAUACAUUGGCUUAUAUAAUAUUAAUACAGACAGAAUACAAAUAAAUGAUCGCAAAAUCA